GGAACGAUCAGUGUGCGUGUAGAUCUGCUAGCGUGAAGAUCAGGUUCGGUGUUGUCCGGAUUCUCGCGGAGUAUUUCUGGUGUUCGGAUUCAUUCACAUGCAUGCAGCUAGAAGCUAGACGCUGCCUGUAUAUCAGAACAAUCAAAAUAGUAAUGCAACACGACGAUUCAAAUCAAAUCCCAUUAGUAAUUAACGAGUAAAUAGCUGUAACACGAUACGUGAGUAGGUCUAUGUUCGUGUCUACUGGCAGUGACUGUGGAUGAGUGUGUGAAUUAAUAAAAUAAACAAAACAAGUUCUAUAGCAUUACAAGCAUCGAUUACAAUACUGGAUUACGUUCUGGCAGUUCUGCUCCUCACGUGUAUAAUGAAAAUGUGACAUCAGUAUCGUUAUCAGUUUAAUCGAGUGACACAUUAGGAAAUCACAUCGGUUUACUCAGAAUGGCAUCAAGCAGCUCCUUCGGUGUGGCAAGUCGUCCUUUGACUCUAGUGGCCUUUGUGAUUCUUCAAUUGAUUUACGUUCGAGCACAGUACCUGCAAUCACCGUGUCCCGAUGUAUUUACAUAUCAGGUGGAUCCCAGUACCAAUCAGGUCUUCGGCUAUAUCGAGAUUAACAACAUCCAAAUAGGACAAUCGGCCAAGCUCAACGUAGAUCUGUCCAUAGCGACACGCCUAGCACCAAACAAUGUCGGAUCAAUCGUCCUAGUCAAAUCCCGAGAGGCCACCUUCAAUGACAUCGUAGCCGGUUUACCAGCCCAGUAUCGCGUCAACUUCCCCUUGCAGAACAUCCUACCGACGGUGCUGUCGAUCGCACUCAAUGGACAAAGCAUCUGCACGGGUUCUCGUGCUCAGGGUCGUGUCAUAACGACCAUCAAUUUGGAGCACACCCUCUACACUCAGAUUCAAUCGCACGGUUUGGGUAACGGAAACGGUUUCCAGUACCAGCAGCCGUCUGUUGUCAACCGUCCAGUGCUUCAACAACGGCCACAAGUGCAGUACCAACCCCAGCAGCGUCCGCAGAUACAGUUUCAACCACAAACUGAACCGGAACCAGUAUGGAACAUGGAGCUGCAAACUCGUCCGACAUUGAUUCAACGUCGGCCCACCACUUUGCGGCCAGUAGUGCAACCGGAUUCUUCGAUGGUUCUGUAUCCGAAUGCAGACCGAAACACAGUUGCGCCUCCGAUUUCACAGUCAUCCGAUUACGUUUGCGGCAAAACAUCGAGUUCCUUGAAUCGACUGUCCAUAAACGGUGAACUGGUGAGCAAAGGUCAAUUCCCAUGGAUCGUUCCGCUCUUCGAUCGCACCCAGCCUCGUAGUCCGAAGUACUUCUGUGGAAGUACUAUAAUUACGAAAAAAUAUCUCAUCACAGCAGCCCACUGCGUUUAUGCACUGAACGAGGUUCGACCUGCAGAUCAGAUCCUGGCUGUGCCGGGAAUGUACAACAUUGACAAUUUCUUCGAUGAAAAUGCGAAAAUUGCCUACAUCGAAGAGGUGAUUCCCCAUGACGAUUAUGUCGACGACGAUGACGACCUGAAGGAUGCGGAUGUGGCAGUUCUGCGGCUGAAAAAAGAACUCGUUUUCACCGAUUACAUUAUUCCGAUCUGUCCCUGGCAGACCGAUAACGACCUGUCGAAAAUCAUUGGCCAAGAGGGGGUGAUAGCUGGGUGGGGCCUAACCGAGUCGGGAAGUACUUCUGUUCCAACGUAUGUCAAAACUACGGUUGUAACUCGACAGCAGUGCAUUUCGAAUCUUUCGCGAACGUAUCCAAGCAAUUGGCGAAUAUUUUGCGGCGAUGGUCGAGGAUCGGCACCAUGCAAGGGAGAUUCCGGCAGUGCUAUGAUCAUGAAAAGAGGUAACCAGUUCUACCUACGUGGCAUUGUUUCCGUUGGUCAGUUUGACAACAACUCCGGAAAAUGUAACGUAACGGUUUAUACGGUUUACACCGACAUCGCACCGUUCCGAUUUUGGCUGAAAAGCGUAACCAGCUAGUGAAACGUUCGGUGCGCACUGCACGGGAGAUUUCAGACAAAGACUACAUGUAUUUUCUAGAGCGACUCGUGGAAUGAAAGGAAACCAAUAGCUCAAUGUACAUAGUUGUGUCAUUCGACUGUUAUUUUUUAACUUUUUUUAUUAGAUAUAUAUUUAGAUACAUGUAACUUCUUUUGCAAAAUAUAACCGCCUAAGGAAGUAUUUAAACCAUA